AUGAUCUCCGCCAAAACUCUCCCGCUGGCCGAACGCGCCGCUGGAGCGGCGAGCUGCAGCACGGGCAGGCGCGUGUCCGCCUGCGAUGCUGCCGCCAGCGCGGAAGUGCCUGUGCGGGGGGCGGCGACCCGCGGCAGCAGCGCCCGGCUCGGACGCGCGAGAGCUCGUCCCCUCCGGAACGGAUGCAUCUGCCAGGACCUUGGUGGUGCGGGCCGCACGCCGCGCCAUGCGCGCCCCAUCAUCGCCGGCUCGGCGGCGCCAGCCGACUCCCGCGGCGCGGCGUCCCAAUCGGUCCCCUCGCGACCCCGCUCGGCCCGUGUAGCGGCGAGCGGCGGGUUGCACGCGGCGAGCGCAGGGGGAGCGGAGGAGGCGGCGGCGGAGCGGGAGGUGGCGUGGGCGCGCGGGUGGGAGGGCGUGUGGAGCGUGGUGAUCCCCACGUACAACCGCCUGCCCAUCCUCACCAAGUGCCUGCGCGCGCUGGAGCAGCAGCGCGGCGAGCGGCAGGCGGGCGUGCGGCGGUACGAGGUGGUGGUGGUGGACGACGGGUCCUCCGAUGGCACUGUGGCAGCCCUCGCCGCCAUGGGCGUGGCGUCCUGCCAGGGGAGCGCGCACGGCGCGGGGGAGGAGGGGUUGGGAGAAGCGGUUGAUGGCGAAACGAGGGAGGCGGCGGUGGCGUUUCCUCAUGUGCGGCUGCUGCAGCAACAGCAUGCGGGCGCGACUGCGGCUCGGAACUACGGCGUGCGCGUGGCGGGUGGCAGCACGAUCGUGUUCAUCGACUCCGACAUGGUCGUGUGCCCCGGCUUCCUAGCAGCGCAUGCGCGUGCUCUCGCGGAGGCAAGGAGCAGGUUCGGGGACGAGCGCACGUUCUCGUACGGGCGGGUGGUGAACACCAGCAACUUUGACCACCCCAUGGCCGAACCCUUCAAGCUCACUGACUACUCAGCAGCGUUCUUCGCCACGGGCAACGUGGCCAUCUCACGCCGCAUGCUGGCCGCCGCCACUCUCCGCCUCACCCCGCCUGCUGCCACCACCGCUGCCACCCCCCGCUCCUCCUCCUCCUCCUCCACCUGGCCUGAGGUGCUGACGGCAGUGGAAGGGCAGGCUGGGGGAGCGGUCGCGGUUAGCCAAGCACAGGGAGGAGGCGGGGGAAGAGGGGAUGAUGAGGAGUGUGGAGAAAAGGAGAAGGGGGUGGAGCAGCAGUGGCAGCAGAUGGGGCCGUUUGAUGCGGACUUCAGCAGCUAUGGAUGGGAGGACUUGGAGCUUGGAGAGCGACUGCGGCAGUGUGGGGCGCGCAUAUGGCAGUGCCCUGAGGCCGUGGGCUUCCACUGGCACCCACCCUUCCAUCCCUCUCACCUGCCCGCUCUCAUCCGCCAGGAGCGGCAGCGGGGUGAGAACGGGGUGCGUUUCUUCCUCAAGCACCGCACGCUGAACGUGCGCCUCAUGGUGCAGAUGACGCCCUUCCACAGUGCCCUCUGGUUCCUGCUCACCCUGGGGGGCGCCCUCAACGAGCGCUCCCUCAUGCCGCUGCUCGCAUGGCUGGUGGAGCAGGGGCAUGCCGGGGUGGCCAUGGGGGUUCUCUCCCCCGUGCUCAACUGGCACACCGUGCAAGCCACACGCGAGGAGGUGCACCGACUCAGAGACGCAGGGGUGGAUGUGUGA